UGGGGUCGGUAAAUCCACUCCUGGGUCGGGGGAAAUACAGCAUCCCAGUCUUGGAGUGCAAGAACUACAUUACCCAGAAGGCAGACGAGGAAUCCUGGGACAAGGAGCCAAUGAACACUCAGUAAAGACAUUUCCGUUUGGACUCUCAGGUAGAACGGGGCUCGGGUUAGCAGUGGCGGGCAUUUCCUCUUCUCCCAGUGUCUGUUAUAACUAAGUCAGGGUCUGGGAUCUCAAAAUCCAAUGGAGAAGGUGGGAAAGUAGUGGUCACCGCAGCAUGUGUGAGGCCAGGUGAUGCUGCCCGGGAGCGAGGCGCCAGGGCGGAGACAGGAGCUCUCUCUACCAGGGACACCCGCCUUGCGCGCUGCGGGCGCCCCUCCCGGCCCACAGAGUCGGAUGGCGGAGGCGGGGUGGAGGCACCUGGCUGAGGUUAGGGUGAGCUUUGAGGAUGUGGCCGUGUAUUUCUCCAGGACAGAGUGGAGCCUCCUUGACGCGGCUGAGAGACGCCUGUACCUCCAUGUGAUGCUGGAGAAUUUUGGUCUUAUAUCCUCGCUGGGUUGCUGUUGUGGAGUGGCAGAUGUGGAGGCUCCCACUGACCAGAACCUUUCUGUUAGAGUGGCCCAGGCAAAAGAUCCCAAGGCAGCUUUGUCUUCCAAGAAGAGCCACCCCUGUGACAGUUGUGGGUGUGUCUUGAGAAAAAUUUUUCUCUUGGUUGACCAGCAGGGAACUCAACAGAGACAGAAACUGCUGAGGUGUGGAGCAUGUGCAAAACAAUUUUGUUUCAUUGCAAAGCAUCACCAGCACCAGGAGCAGCACUUGAGACAGAAGUCUUUUGUAGAAGGUAUGGACAAGGCCUCACUUGUGAAGGGCUGCAAUUUCAAUGUGUCUGAAAAGACUUUUACCUUCCAGGAGCUUGAACAGAACGUUUUUAUGAACUCAGGAAAUAUCCAACAACAGGCUACUAACAGCAGGGAAAGAGGAAAUGAAAUGUCAACAUCUGAGGAGGAUUUUCAAAGGAGAAAAAUUUAUCACACAAGAAAAGAAUAUAAGAAGUCCAUUGGCUGCAAACACACUCCUCUUCCAGACCAGGCUGUCCAAAUUGGAAGACAAUAUUAUGCAUGUGAUGAAUGUGAAAAAUGUUUUCUAGGAAUCUCAGGUCUUUGUUAUCAUCAAAAAGUUCACAAUGGGGAAAAGCCAUAUGAGUGCAGUGAAUGUAGUAAAUCUUUGACCAGUGGCUCUGCCAUUCAUAAGCAUCACAGAGAUCACACUGGAGAAAGACCUUAUGAGUGCAAUGAAUGUGAGAAAUCUUCCUCCAGUAGCUCCACCCUCCAUAAACACCAGAGAGUUCACAUUGGAGAAAGGCCUUAUGAGUGUAGUGCAUGUGGGAAAUGUUUUACCCGUAGCUCUGACUUCCAUAAUCAUUACAGACUUCACACUGGAGAAAGUCCUUUUCAGUGUAGUGAAUGUGGGAAAUCUUUUACCAAUGGCUCUGUCCUCCAUAAACACCAGAGAUUUCACACUGGAGAAAGGCCUUAUGAGUGUGGUACCUGUGGGAAAUGUUUUACCAUUAGCUCUCACCUCCUUUAUCAUCAGAGAGUUCACACUGGAGAAAGACCUUUUCAGUGUGGUGAAUGUGGGAAAUCUUUUACCAAUGGCUCUGCCCUCCAUAAACACCAGAGGGUUCACACUGGAGAAAGGCCGUAUGAGUGUGGUACCUGUGGGAAAUGUUUUACCAUUAGCUCUCACCUACUUUAUCAUCAGAGAGUUCACACUGGAGAAAGGCCUUAUGAGUGCAGUGUAUGUGGGAAAUCUUUUACCUGGAGCUCAGAUCUCCGUAAACAUCAGAGAGUUCACACUGGAGAAAGGCCUUAUGAGUGCAAAGAAUGUGGGAAAUCUUUUACCAGUAGCUUUGCCCUCCGUAAACAUCAGAUAGUUCACACUAGAGAAAGACAUUAUGACUGUGGUGAAUGUGGGAAAUCUUUUACCAGUAGCUAUGACCUCAGUAAACAUCACAGGGUUCACACUGGAGAAAGACCCUAUGAGUGCAGUGAAUGUGGGAAAUCUUUUACCAAAAGCUCUGCCCUCCGUAUACAUCACAGGGUUCACACUGGAGAAAGGCCUUAUCAGUGCCGUGUAUGUGGGAAAUCUUUUACCUGGAGUUCUAACCUCCGUAGCCAUUAUACAGUUCACACUGGAGAAAGGCCUUAUCAAUGCACUGAAUGUGGGAAAUCGUUUACCACAAGCUCUGCCCUUCAUAAACACCACACAAUUCAUACUGGAGAAAGACCUUAUGAGUGUGGUGAAUGUGGGAAAUCUUUUACCAGAAGUUCGACCCUCUGUUAUCAUCAGAGAGUACACAAAGGAGAAAGGCCUUAUGAGUGCAGUGAAUGUGGGAAAUCUUUUACGAAGAGUUGUGCCCUCCGUAUACAUCUUAGAGUUCACACUGGAGAAAGGCCUUAUGAGUGUGGCGAAUGUGGGAAAUCCUAUGUCAGUGGGUCUGGCCUGCAUAAUCAUCGGAAAGUUCAUACUGGAGAAAGGCCUUAUGAAUGUUUUGAAUGUGGGAAAUCUUUUACUAAUAGUUCUGCCCUCCAUAAACAUCACAGAGUUCAUACUUAAGCAAGGCCUUUUUAGUGUGGUGAAUGUGGGAAAUCUUUUACCAGUAGCUAUGACCUAUGUAAACAUCGUAUAGUUUAUACUGGAGAAAGGCCUUAUUAGUGCAGUGAGUGUGGGAAAUCCUUUAUGUGUAGCUGCCACCUUUGUUAGCAUCAGUGGGUUCACACAAAAGAAAAGCCCAUGAGUGCAGUGAAUUCAGAAAACAUCUGUAAUAUUUACCUAGUCAUCAGAGUGUUCACUUAGUAAAAUGACCUUAUGGCUGCAGGGAAUGUGAAAUUUUUAUUUAUCUGUAACCUUUAUUAUCAUCAGAGUGUUCACCCAGAGGAUGGCAUUAUGCCCACAUUGAAUGUGGAAAAUCUUUUACCAGUAGCCAUUGGCUGUCAUUGUCCUUGGGUCUCAAUGACUAAAUUCUUACUAGUUAAGGAAAUUUGGGAAAUCUUUUAUUUUCUAGCCAUUUCUUCUGUUAUCUUCUGAGACGUGACACAGGAAAAUGGAUUUAUGUAUGCAGGCAAUAUGAGGAAUUUUUUAAAAAUAUAUUUUAUUUAUUUGUUUUUUAGAGAGGGAAGGGAGGGAGAUAGAGAGAGAAGCAUCAAUGUGUGGUUGCUGGGGGUUAUGGCCUGCAACUCAGGAAUGUACCCUGGCUGGGAAUCAGGAAUUUUUUUUUUAUUGUAGCACUAAGCUCCAUUCACAGAUUUCACUCUGGUAAAAGGUGUUCUGAGUACAGUGGAUAUGGGAAAUGCUUCUUCUAUCCAUUCCCCUAUUAUCAGGGAGUUCACACUGGAGAUAGGCCUUAUGAAGACAUAAAAUGUGGGAAAUCUCUUAUCUCAUAGUCAUCACCAUCUUAAACAUACUUCACAUUGGUUAAAGGCUUUGAGUGUGAAGUGAAUAUAGGAAAUCUUUACCAACAAAUCUAUACCUUUUUGACCUUGGAGAUUUCUCACUGUAAAUGAAUAGAUGUUAGGAAAUGUUUUAUUUAUUUAUUUUUUUUCAGUAUAAUGACACUGAAGUAAACUUGCUGAGGAAACAUCUAACUUUAAUGUUUUACCAGUGUCCUCAGUGUGGGCCUGUGUCAUAAGUUUAAUGUUUAUGUUUUGCAGGACCUAACAAAGUAUUGUUAAUCUGUGUCUUUAUGGACUCUUUUGGGACCAUUUUUUUUAUCUUCACUCAAGGACAUUGUAUUUCACUGCUUUUAGAGAGACAGGAAGGGAGGGAGAGAAAAA